AUGAGUAAAUCGUCCAUGAAUGGUGGGGAUUUCACGGCUGCAGCAAAGUUCUUGGCCACAUGCCACUUUUGGCAAGCACAGAUGGCUGAUUUGGCGAUCCCUCCAAAAAAUCGCGUAGAAGACCAAACUUACUGCGCCGUUGGAGCUGUUCGAAGGCCUUCCAGUAGUGGCGGAAUACUGUCUGUUGCUGGGCGCCUUCGACCGAUAAAUCUCUCCACCAUUAGACCACUCGCGAUCCUCAGUACUGCCCUCUUGCAUCGUGCAAUGUCAAACAUGUGCGAGGUGCUGCCCACUACUCGACCAGAAUGGCAGAAGGCUCUCGAUAGCCUUCCAACUCCGUCAAGCACAAUUCCGGCAUUCUUCUUUGCCCAUGGACUGUGGCCCAAGGCUAUUGCACCCAGCAGCGGUCCCUUUGCAGCACUUUACAAGGACAUGGGACCAGAGGGUACUCUUUCUCAAUUCCUCCAAGACUUUGGCAAGACUCUCAGGUCAAAGUACGACCCAAGAGCCGUUGUGGUAUUCAGCGCGCACUGGGAGAGUCCUGUGUCUGACUAUGGUGCGGAGAAUCCACUGCUCAUGGACUACUACGGCUUUCCAAGAGAGCUCUAUCAAGUCAAGUUCAAAUCACGCGGUGAUAGCAGUGUUGCCCAAGACGUUGUACAAGCACUCAAAGAUGCGGGAAUUUCCGCGCGAACAACCCCCAUCACGGAGUCUAGAGGAGAAGAUGGGAGAGGGUUUAGUGGCCCUGGCCUAGAUCAUGGUGUAUUCGUGCCAUUCAAGCAUAUGUUCGGCGACGAAUUGGACAUCCCGUUAGUACAGGUUUCCAUCGACGGCAGCCUUGAUCCUGCCAAACAAUGGGCACUAGGGAAGGCUGUGAAGUCGUUACGAUCUCAAAAGAUCCUCGUUCUCUCUGGAGGACUGACUUUCCAUAAUCUACGUGACUUCUCAGGCUUCAAUUUGGAUACUGCAAAGCCGGCACUCAAAGAUUUCCACAACGCCAUACUUUCAGCUUUGCAAAUCUCAGACGUGAGUGAUGGUGUCUCCGUUUUAUGUAGCCCAAACUUAACCUGGAUUCCUUUGAAACAGACUACUUCGAGGCAGGAGGCUCUAUACGCCCUGACGAAGCAUCCCGGUUUACGUGCAAGUCAUCCUCGUGAAGACCACUUUGUGCCCCUUUACGUUGCAGCCGGAGCGGGUGACGGGGAAGAAUUGGCUUGUCUGGCAAAGUCAGAGCAAUAUCCACCGGCAUUAGCCUUUGUACUAUAUGCGUUUAUGAUCACUGGAGUGAUACACAGCGCAGGGUCAUCAGACAGUGUUAAGAACAGAGGCAACGAAGGAUUCCAGAUAAGCAGAAAGGACAGUGGUAGUGUCGACAGAGACACGGCUGUUCCUCAUAGAUGGAAACACUUGGGUUCGGAAAAGAUAGCUACACAGGUUCGCAACAGCCAGAUAUUGAUGGAAAAGGAAACAGUUUCAGAGACGAAAAACCAAAAUUUGUAA